UUUCUUUGCUUGACAGGACAGCAGACAGCAGACGAUGGGGUUUUGUUGAUGAUAGUUUUGUGGUUUUGUAGCUUUAGUUGAUAUCGGAUCGCUCGAUUUUGUAGGUCGCUCAGUGGGUUUUGUAUAUUUCCCAGGUCUAGUAAUUGUAAUUCAAUAUGCCACUGCAGCACGAACGUGUGUAAAAAUCUUACUCCUCGUAUGGCUUCCUUCAUGUAACAAUCUUUCAGUGUGAUGGAUAUGGCAGCAGGAUCUGAAAAUCAGCAUCUGUCAACUGUAAUUCCUAUUCCGAGAGAUGAACCAAAUUUAAACAAUGAGAUUCAAGACAAACGUCUCUGGAUUGGUAAUCUAGAUCCUCGACUUUCUGAGUACAACCUUCUGAAACUGCUCCAAAAAUAUGGCACAAUUGAUAAGUUUGACCUGUUAUUUCAUCGAUCGGGGCCAUUAUCUGGCUUUCCCCGUGGAUAUGCAUUUUGCACUUACAAAAAUACAGAGGAUGCAGUACUUGCCAUGCAAAAUAUGGAUGGACAGCUCGUUGGUAGUAAACAGAUAACAGUUCGUUGGGCGCACUCAAUGAGUAAGGAUGAAAUGGAAAGUAAACCAAAGGCUGAAUUAUCUAUUCCUGUUCUGGCUGGUGCCAAAUCAAGCAAAGCAGAAAAGAAACCUGUGAGCAAGAAGACUGCUAUACAAGCCAUUGAGGCAAAAUUAAGGCUCAUGGAGCAAAGUAAUACAAGUGAUGAGUUUGAGAUAAAUAACUCUCCUGCUGCUCUGAGAAGCAAAUCCUAUAUUCUAUCUCAAGCCCAAAAUGGUCACGAUGCUCGCGACAGCAGACCCUCUCAUUCAAGAUUUGGGAGAAAGUAUGAUCGGAAACCAUAUCAUAGAGGCCAUCAUCACAGAUAACCUCGUACUUCCCUAAGAAUAUUUUGAUGAUCCUCUUUUGCUGCUUAUUGAUUGACUAUUACUUAUUCUUAGAUCCCCAAAUACAAUGUUGUAUUAUGGACCCAAAUUGUUUACAUGACUGAAAGUAUUGGCUAAAAAUGGAUUCCAAUGGACUUUAUAUUUCUUUUUUAACUCUUUAGAAUAUAAAUUUGUGUGAAUUAUUUAUCAUAGAAAAAUUAUUUGAUACCCUGUUCAAUUUUUACUCAUAUUGUCAAUGCACCAAUUGUAAAUCACUACCAGUAAUCAAUGUUACUUUUCUAUAAUGAUCUCGUAAAUUAAAAAGAAUGUUACAAGA